UGAGCAGAAUCGGUUGAAUGAUUUUCUCUCAAAUAGAUAAAUAGUACACCCAAGUCAGAAAAUUCAAUCUGCUACUUCUGCGUCAAGAAUUCCUCUAAAGCCUACAACAGUGUGCUCAAAACUUUGACAUUCGAAACUUGGUCACCGUCGACAAACAACCCGAUUUCCCCUCUCCGAAAUCCUGGCCACUGCAAUACAAAAUCUGUGAACAAUGUAUCCUCCGUCCAGCUGAGUCCAAAAUUGCGCAAGAAUGCCUCCACGACCUCCAAUCCCAACUCUUCUCCACCCUGCAUUGAAUCGACCCGCGCGGAGGGCAAGUGUCGGCUCCUCGGCCGCAGCCCCUUCCCGCAGUCAAAGCUGCCAUGGUCGAGCGGUAUUCAUCCAACCUCGUUCAUAGGUUUCCAGAUUCUUCUGAUUAUGCCUCGUCCAGCCAUGUGAAAUUGAAGUUUCAAGUCCCUGUGAAUCUAGUCUGAGAUCCUUGGAAAGCAGAAAAAUGUACAAUUUUCUACCGGCCUAUCGUCAAGCAAUGUGGUCCUUGCGCCAAUCGAACCCGGUCCAAUCCUCCUUCCCAGCCGCCGUCGUAUCUACGUCCUUGAGAGAAACCCAAAUCACGUUCCACAUGGAAUCAAAACAUUGAACCCAAGGACCGUCGCUCGGUGUAAAGCCGAGAGGGCAGUCGGGAUAAGCUUUCGGUGCAGCCGGAUACUGUGUCUGGUAUUCCUUCGAGAGGUAGGGGCUGAUGGUGGAGUCCCAGGGGUGAUCUGAUUUCUUCUUCGUUUCAGUCUUGUACUGGGACGAGAGAUAGUCAUCGACGGGCACGCGGGGCGGCUUGAAGUCCGGCGGCUUGAAUCCCAGCGCGUUCGGGUUCAGUGCAGCAUUUUGGUACUCCUUGGAGGUCCAUGAGGGUUUUUUGGAUCUGCGCUUCUUCCUCUUACUACUUCCAGACGGGGAGGACUCCAUGGCAUGCUGCCUUGCCGGCCUUGUGCACGGGCCGACCUUCUACGCCAUCCUGCACGAGCGCAGGCCGAGGACGGGGCGCCCGCUUCUGCUUCUUCUCGCCUAAACCGCUGCGUCUCUUGUGCGCCAAGCGUGGUGCCCCUUGCAAGCCGGGCUUUAUGCAGAAGAAGCAGAAGACGAACAAGACGCCGCACACGAUCCGCGAAGAAUCCAUGGCACCUCGAGCAAGAUCGCCGUGGUCAACCGCAGCAUGUGAGCGGGUCCGAGUAUCACUGCCCUCCCCCGGGAUGGCACCAGGCUCCGCCUUUAUACCCCCCGUUGACUCUCCGGGGAUGCUCUCGGAGAGAUCGCAAGGGGAAAGUCUCGUCGCGGGGCCGCAAAUGACGAGCUCGUGCUCGGGCCUCCUGCAGUCAUUGAAGUGGCCGCGGGCGUGAAGAGGCAAAUGAUGAGGUCCGAUGUUUUCGGGGGGCGACCCUGCCGUAGUGGAGAGCCGAGCCCCGGGCUCGAUUCGAUGAUUGAGGUGAAGGCGGUGCACGUGAGAGCAAUUCGCAGGAGCGGUGAUUGAAUUAUGCAAGCGUCGUCCGACAACUCUGUGGAUUCGCACGCAGCCUCCGCGCCAUCGUCCUGGUCGGGAUCCGAGCGGAAAAGACGUCUUCCUCCGGGACUUGCAUUCGCUGCUGUGAGAUCAUGGAUUGCGACAUGGAAGAUGAGGAUACUGAAGAUGGUCAUUUGCUUCCGCUCGUCGGCCGGGACGUGGUCGCGGUCUCCUUCUCACCGCUUCGAGGUAUCGGACUCGUACUGGGAAGACCCGCAGCCGAGUCUCAGUCAGAUACUGGGUUACGCAGAUCAGUCUACCUCCACCAUUCCUGUCGAAUCCCAGCCGCCUGAAUCCCCUGCAUCGCCUCGAUCCCCCAAGUCGCCCACAAGUCCUUCACCUCCCACAGCGCAAGCAGGCGUUGUAUCGAAGAAAAGCGCCGAUCCGAAGAUCCAUUGUGACAAUUCUCCUCCAGAGGCGAAGCCGUCGUCGCCUCUGCAAAGUAUCUGCGAGGUUGCCGCCGUCCCAGAUGCUAAGAAACCUCUUGCAGAAAAGCGUGUCAGGCGAUUCAAGGUAUUCCGAGGUUUUGUUCCCGAGGAUUCCAGCAAAUCUGCACCCAAACCGCGACCCAAAAGGAGCAAGAAAUCUGCCCCUAGUAAGGAGAGGGUCAGUUGUCUCCCGUGCCUGAGGAAACCCGUGCCCAAGGUUGAUUUCGAGCAGAUCAAUCGAUUGCUGCGAGAGAAACGGGCGAGGGAUAGGGCAAAUGCGUUUCUUGCCUGGAGAAAGGACGAGUUCGAGCGCGCCAAGCGAUUGGCCAUCCGUUGCCGGACAUCGCUAGGGCUUUUUCGCAUCAGAGACUUGGACGAGGAUCAUAGCCAGGGCCUGGACGCCCUAGCAUGGGCACCUCCGGAGGCUAUGCUCUUCACCUUCGACCACUCUUCUUUUGAUUUCAUCGCCAGUUGCUACGCCAAACGUCCGAGGCUUUUCAGCAACAUGCAGAAGCCUCUCCUCGAGGACGAGACAUUGUGGAGGAACAGUCUCAGGGCUUAUCACAAAAGUUACAGGACGCCUUACGGUCGACCGUCGUCGGGUCAUACCUUAUCGAAAGAGACUUUCAAGCUUUCUGCUGCUGAAGAAGAAGGUCACUUCUUGCCUACCCGUGAUGAAGGUUCUGCAGCUGAAGUUUCUCCACGGAUGCGCAAAUUUGACAGCAUGUUACUUGACGAUGACAGGUUGUCUCGCCAAGAGCCAAGUUUUGAGCACGAUUCAGAAUACGCACCAAUGAAGCUUCCCAAUCGCCCGCAGCAGAAAACUGCUGGAACUGGCAAGUUCGACGGGCAUGAGUUUAAACAGUGGAAGUCCCACGAAGAAGUUUUCACAGAGAACCGUGAAGUUGAACACAGACAGGCGCCCACACAGGCAGUUCAAGGCCGACUCGGGGAUUCAGGAAAUAAAGUUGCUGACGGACCAGGAAGUCAAGCUUCAGAUCAGCCUUGGUAUCUGGAAAACCGGGGCUCCGAUCACUUUUUCAAUUCAAGACGUCAUGGUCCAGACUACAACUGGUACCGACAGAGCGAAGCACCUCAAAGCCCACGGCAGGAAUACAAUGACUUGCAAAUGAAACGUCCGGCGCUGCCUGUUAGUCCACGAAGAUCAGAUGCGCUAUCUCAGAAUGUUUUUGAUAUUUCUUCCAGAAAGCCUGACCUUCAGCGCAUGCCCAACCCUGCCUCCAGGCGAAAGACCUCACCAUUCAAUAGCAAGUCCUUAGGUGGUCCAAGACGAAGUCAGUCUUCAGAGAGAAGAGCAGCUGCGGUUAGAGAUGGUCUUCGUAGAGAAAGGCCUCUGCAAGUUCCUGCUCAUCGAAGAGGAACUAAGAAGGCGGACAUGGUACCAAUUGUGGCGCAAGGAAGGAAACAGGGAGCUUCACCUAGGCGGACUAAGAAGACAUCCUCAAACUUGCAUAAGCAGGAAAAGGUUCACAGCAGCAAGUCGCCAGACUGUGAGGACUUCCAACUGCAGUCGGAACGGAGUCCCAGGAAGCUACCUGAUGAAGACAAAGUCAUGCCUUAUGAUUUAGAUUCCAUCGCAGCUCAGCUGAAAGAUGAAGGUCACGUGUUUUCGGAGCCAAUAAUUGUCAUGAACGUGAACUCAUCGAUCAUGCUACCGAUCAUAAGUAGCGGUUUUGGAGAUGGAGGAGGAAGGGCACAUUUUAACACAGAAGAAUCAGUGUCGAGACAGAAUGGGGACUUUGCCUCAGUGCUGCAGGAUGACAGAAAAACUGAGGAAAAAGAAACCCAACCUCCGGAGAAGAAUUCUCUGCAAAGUGACGCGAUCACACAAGAUCACACAGUGUCUGAUGUUAUGGCUCCAAUAACAUCAACAGAUGAGCUGACACGUUCAGAGGCGGAUGAUGAUGCUACAUCGAGCAGUUCUUCUGAGAAUGAUCCUCACGUAUCGUCUCACAGCAAUCUGGAUGUGGAACAGGGUGGACGUUUGCAGACUUCCACUCUUCAAACUGACAUCAACACACAAGAUCCAAUAAUUCCCAACGUUAUUCUCCCUGUGACAGGGACAGAUAGCCUAAUAGGAUCGAAGGCAAGUGAUGAAAGCACUCCGAGCAGAGCUGAUACCACUCCUGAAGGGGAAUCGUUUUAUAGCUCAAGAAACAGCUCCGAAUUUGGAACGAAUGAAAUACCUUCCUCAUCGGAUCUUACUUCGAGCAGUUUUAAUACGGCAUCCUCGCAGCUCGAAGAGGAUCACACACAUUCAAGUGAUGACACAGACAGGGGAAGGUCUCUGAUUGAUCCCAGACUUCAAGAUCUGGAAAAUUCUGCUUCUGAAGUAUCUGUAGAAUCUGUUUCAAACUCCUCCUCGAACUUACAGGCUUGGGUCAAAUCGAUAGCAGAUACUUCUCAACAAUAUACUGAAGAGCGCAGGGAGCCAGCUAGUUCACAUGUUUCUCCUCCAGAAGGAGAAACUCAUCCUCGAUCCCGUGAGGAAUCUAGCAAAUUGCGUACACCUGAUCAACAACCACAAAGCACGGCAAGGAAACCCUUGAUGAUAGAUGAAGCAAUUCAGGUAAAGCUCGAGCCUGGAGAAGAAUUCGACGAUCAGCACCAAACUUCUUCAGAAACUCCUACGCCGGGCAGUCCUGCGCAACGUCCGUCAAUGAAAGACGAAGGGACCCAGUUUUCAGCAAAAGCUGCUGUUGAGAAGGGGGAAACACCCGAUCAAUACUUACGUCCUCUUGCAAGACUAUCCUUGAACGAUAACGGGAUUCCUUUCUCAAAACCUGGACUCUAUCAAGUUCUAGAGCCGCCAGAAAACACUUCUGGAGGAAGAAUUAUAGCAACCUCCCUGACUAGACCGGUUGUGGUUGCUGAAGGACUUUCUCAGGAAUCAGCCUCAGUGAAAAAUCCUGUGAGCCCUUCCAGUGCGCAGUCGAUGGAGACAAUUCCUUCAAGGGGGAGGCUGGAGAGCCUUGAUGACUCCCCAUUAAAAUUCCCUGGUCGCGGCAGAUCUUCUAGGGCACCUUCAAUUAUUCACGACGAUAGGGAGGGUUUCGAUAAGGAACGCAAUCCGAAGCAUAUCAAAAUACAUUCUUUUUUGCGCUCGAUGAGUACUCGAUCGACCAGUGUAGAGUUAAACAACCUUAUCCUUCAAGAGUUAAUGAGCAGGAACCCUACGAUACAGGGUGGCCACACUUUCGGAGAUCAAUCCGAUUCUGAAGAUCUCAGCCCGAGCUUUGAGACCUCAUACCCUGCGACCUCCUCAUCCAUGGAACAACAUUCUGAAUAUGACCACGAUAACGCUCUUGAGAGACCUGCGAGUGAGGAGUCAAGACAGAUCUUUGAGACUCAGAGCACCUUGGAGAGCUCCUCAUCUUUACGCGGAGGAGAAACUCCUGAUUCUUUCCAUACUUUGGAAACGCCUAGCACCGAAGCAUCGGAAGGCAGCUCUACGAAGACGCCCUUGGACACAUUCGCGAACAGCAGUGAAGACAGUUUUGGCCCAAAGUCGGAUGUUUCAAAACGUGGUGAUGAAGUUUCGGGACAUAGCUCUGAAGUACUGCAUGCAGAAAUUUCCCUCUCAACUAACCUGGAAACCUCCGCUCGCAGACAUUCUACAGAAGAAUCUCAAACGCCAGUUGUUCUUCAUCCAGGUAAAAUAGAGAAUCUCUCUCUCGAGGAUCCAAGUACCCCCGUCACUACCUCAGUUUCAGCGAGACCUGUUGAAGGAACUGCUCAGCCAAUUUCUUCUGGCUUGGACUCACAGUCGUCCCCACAGACUGAGCGAACCAGUACAGAUCCUGCUACUGAAUCGGGAAGUUCACCGAUAGAAGAUCAGAGCAAGAGUCCAAAACACAUCAAAAUUCAUUCCUUUCUUCACUCUAUGGCUUCCAGAUCCCGUAGUGUAGAAUUAGAUAACUUGCUAUUGGGUAAAAUUAGCCAGUCAUCGACUGAUGAAGAAACUCCGCGAGCUCGUGAAGGAUCACUUCUAAAACCUUCCAGCGUGAAUUCAAUAACCGGAGAGGAAAUAAUCAACCCUGCUUCUCCUCAGACUUCGGAUCAAGUCGUAGAACAGAGAGUCGAGCGGAAUCCUACCGGGGAGCCCUCAGAAAAGUCACCAUCAAAAAGUAUUACCCAUGAUGCUAAUCAUCCACCGGGUUUGGAGGAUCCAGAUUCAAUGAGCAGAGCAGAAAGUCAAGAAAUGUUACCGGAUUCCGAGCAAUCGGUUGCAGAUUACCAGAGUAAAAAUCCAAAACAUAUCAAAAUUCAUUCCUUUCUUCACUCGAUGGCUGCAAGGUCAAGAAGUGUAGAACUAGAAAACUUGAUCGUAGGUAGUGGUGGUCAAGACACAGGAGGUGACUCAUCCACUGUUGAAGAGCCCAAAAUUGAUGAAGGAUCUUUAUUGAAUCCUUCUUCGUUGAUUACUGCCAAAGAUUCGAAGAAGCCUGAACCCAGUUUUGUUAGAGAAAGAAUAGAGUCCAGUUCUGCAGAAUCCCGUGUGGAAGCUUCAUCUGUAUUGACUCAGCCUGACCCACCUCCCUUAGAAAGUUCGGAUGCAGAUGAUCAAAGCAAAGGCCCAAGGCCUAUCAAGAUCCAUUCAUUUCUCCACUCAAUGGCUACAAGAUCUAGAAGUGUUGAGCUGGAUAACCUCAUUCUCUUAGGAAAAUUAGCCAAUUACUCUGGAGAAGACUCAUCAGCUCCUGAAGAACCCAGAAGUCGCCAAGGGUCAAGACUAAAUCCUGUGAAUACUAGGUCUUCAUCAAGUAUUUCGAAUUCAAUCAGUUUUGAUCCCACUAUGAUAUCAGAAAAAGCUGGGUCAGAUGUCACUGGACCUAUCACUGAGUCGAGGAUCAACAACCCACGCUCUGAGCUCUCAGCAUCCUUGGAUACCAAACAUGGUACUGCAGCUCAAGUUGUGGAGGAUCAAAGUCAUAGCCCCCAGACCGUCCACCUCCCGUCAAGUUCUCAGACACUGGCGUCUAAACCUACCAGCGUGGAGGCAGAGCAUUCGAGUGUUUUCAACAUAGACCUUUCAGGUGAGCCAAUUUUCCAGAAAGAAUCCAGAAGUCGUGAAGUAUCCACAACGACUGCAGGAAAUGAGACAAAUUCAUCAGUGGGAACUGAUGUUGGUAAGUCUUAUCCUCCAACUUAUGGCUCAGAAAAGACAGUCGAGAAGGUUGAAGGGCGUGGUGUUGAUGAGAUAUCCCCACGAAAGUCGUCAUCAUCACUAUCACUAACCAAGUCAGAAGGUGACCAUAUUGUUAGAAGGAGUGUCGUGGACGAAAAUGGCAGAAGACCUAGUCACAUAAAGAUUCAUUCAUUUCUUCAUUCAAUGGCUUCAAGAUCCAGAAGCGUAGAAUUAGACAACCUACUAUCGGCUCGCUUGAAGGAAGAUCAUAGAAGUGAGUCAUCAUCGGAUAUUCCUGAAGACGUCCGAACUCGUCAAGGAUCACUUUUGAAUCCUUCAAGUUCACGAGCCUCAUCAGUUAUUUCACUCAACUCAUCUGAUCCUGCAUCAGAAACCAACAAAGAUAGUCUUGUUGCAGAGAUCACAGAACCCAAUUUGGACAGAUCCGUCGUCCUUCCUUCAAGGUCAGGAUCCUCCUCUCAAGUGUCAGUAAAUUCUCUAGUUUCGAAUGCGGUAACAACAGCAGGUCCCGCUGCGGAGAGACACCUUGCAGAAGCUCCACCGAUCACUUUGGUUCCUUCAAGUUCACGAUCCUCAACAAACACAUCACAAAAUUCGUUACAACCGAAUGAAGAAACAACAUCAGGACCUACUCCGGAUAGACUUCUCACUGAAGACCCACCGACUAGUUUUGACGGACUUGUUAUGGAUUCCCCAAGUUCUCAUUUAUCAUCGCAGAAUAAGCCUGUUUCUGAUCCGAAGACUACAUCGGCUAGCCUUAAUCAAGAAAUCAAAAAGCCGAGUUUUGAUAAUUCUGCUCCAAGAAAGUCUUCUUCUGUGGCAUCUAACAAUCCAGAAGUUCAGCCUGAUCCUACAUACGAUGCUUUGCAAGACCAAAGCAGAAACCCAAACCAUAUCAAAAUUCAUUCCUUCCUUCACUCUAUGGCUUCAAGAUCUAGAAGUGUAGAGCUUGAUAACCUCAUACUACUGGGUAGAUUGAACACAGACACUGCAGGUGAAUCAUCAACUAGUCAUGAAGAGAUAAGGAAUCGAGGAGGUUCUUUAUUGAAUCCUUCGAGUUCCCGUUCAGCGUCUACAAUCGCAAUUGAUAAGGCCAGUAUUGAUCCGAAUCAUAAGUCAGUACAGAACUCCGAAGGUGAGCGAUCAGGUGGUGAACAUGCUAGAACACAUGAAGGUUCUUCGGGACUGGAGAAUCCCAAACUACUGGAUAGAUUGGGUACAGACUCUGCAGGUAGAUCAUUAAUUACUCCUGAAGAGAGAAGAAUUAGCGACGGUUCUGCUUUGAUCCCGUCAAAUUCACGUUCUGCAUCGACUGUCACAACUGAUACUGGUCCUCUUGAUCGGACUCAUAAUUUAGCAAAAGAGUCCGAACACGAGCAACCAAGUGGGAACGAUGCCAGAACUCGUGAAGAGUCUUCAGAUACUCUUCUGCUUUCACCUUCUGCAUCCAGUAUCUCAAUGGACAGGGCUAAUCAUGAAGUACAAGCGUCUCCAGGUGGAGUAUCAACUAGUGAUCAAGGUAGAAAUCGGGAAGGAAACGUAUUUGCUCCUAGUCUUUCGCACUCAGCAUCAAGUAUCUCACUUGACAUGGCUCGUCAGAAUCCGACUCAGGCUUUAUUCCAAGUGUCUCAAGGAAAAUUAUCAACUGACGAAGAAACUAGACCUCGAGAAGGAUCUGCACUUUACCCGACCACUUCUCGCUCUGCAUCAACUCCCUCACUGGACAUUGGUAAUCGCGGUCCUGAAAACAGACCAGCCGAAGGGUCUCCAAAUGAAUCACUCAGAAGUCGUGGAAGUUCCAUACUCGUUGACAAUCCUUCCUCUUCAAGUUCGACAUCACCACAAACGAGAUCUCAAAGCACAACUCGAGCAUCAACGUCGAACGACCCGAGUGAGGAUCAAUCUAAAGGCCCGAAGCACAUCAAGAUUCAUUCCUUCCUCCACUCAAUGGCUGCAAGAUCAAGAAGCGUCGAGCUGGACAAGUUGAUCAUGGCUGGAGUAAACUGGGACUCCCCUGGAGUAACUCAAUCGUUGCAGCCAAGUGCACCAACUUCUCCAACACCACAAAUCCAGAACCAUCAGGGUGAAACAUCGUCAUCGACCUCAGCACCUUCUGAAAACGCAGUGGAGAGUAACUCGUCGGGAUGGAUGCCCAAGUGGAAGAUCGAUCGUUUCGCGGAUUUCCCCCCCGCUCCGUUGUCGAGAGUGUCUCGCAAUGAUGGAGAAGAACCGCCACCAUCAACUCCGUCUCGUGGCCCCCCUUCCACACCUCCGGAUCAGGUUGAGUUUCUAGAGGCAUUUUGGGGCAAGAAAGCAUCUGGAUCUUUGCCUCUUGAUGACAUGGAUGCACCGGCAGACUUUCAAUCGUUACCAACUAACCAAAUUCAAAAGAAUAAUGAUGAUCAGAGGUGACUAAUGGUUGUUCAAGUUGAGGAUAUAAUUAGAGAGCUCUUUCUACGUGGCUCUUCAGAAAGGUGUCUGUACGAUUACAUAAAAUCAAGAUUCAAAAAUGUAGAAAUUGUAGUUUACAGAUCUUUUGCGUGCUCGAAUAAA